UGCCUCAGAGCAUCGUCGCAUCCACAUUUCCCCUUUACUCAUCGACCGAAACUGCGACCAUCCUGGUGAGCCCAACUUCCAUCUCGCGCCGCGCCGGCGGAAGGGGGUUUGAGGCGAAUGAUGCCUGGUGUCGUCAUGAUGGAGAACGGCGUUCGGGCACCUCUACCCACAAAUCAUGACAGAGACCACGGCCAAUUCACGAAUGGUAACGGUGGUCUCGCAACUCCUGACCGACAGAAUGGUGUUCUAGUUGGAGCCGGCACCAUGACGAAUGGAAAAGAUGGUAGCAAUGGCGCGAAUGCAGCGCAACCAGUACGAAUUAAUACUAAUCCAUCGCGUAUGAACGACCUUCCCGACGAAAUUAAACAUAUCACCGACGGAUUCAUUCCCUUAAGUCUCUUGCUCUCGCGCCUCGCGCAGAAGACUCAUAGUCAACUGCACGAUGAGAUCGUCGCUCUGGCUAAGAUGCCGGCACCGGCAGGUGCUGUUAAUGGCAAUUCCGCACACGCUGGCGCAGUGACAGAUGAUGUUUCACCCGAGAAUCUCGCAAAAAAGACCCGGCUACUUAAUUUCGUCCAGGAGAAACAUGCCGAAUGGGUGAAAGCGGCGGUGAUCGCGAGAUGGAGUAGGAAUGCCUCACAGGUCAGCAAAUUGAUCGACCUGAUGUGGCUUCUUAACGACCAGUCACGAAGAUACUUGCACAUCACGGAUGUUAUGGCAGAAUAUAGAUGGUCUUUGGCUUUUGCACGACUCCCGAAUCCCGACUUACAAACCGCCCUCGAAGUCCUUUCUACAGGUACCGCCCCAUGGAUGCCGGAUUUCAACUACAUCGAACCUCCCCCUUUAACUCCGAAAGAGCAGCUGCAGUGGAUUGAAAAUCUGAACACGCUUCUCUCCAUCCGUCUCAACCUAGAAGACUUCGAUACCCUCCCUUAUGCUUUUCGUGAUUAUACCAUCGAUUCCGGCCGUGUCACCUUCAAGGUUCCCGGAGAGUUCGAGGUAGAUCUCACGAUAGCGGACGAGGAUUUCGAAAAGCAGUUUUGGUUCAUUGACUUCCGAUUCGAUUUCACACCUGCGCCAGCUGAAUUAUCAGACAACAUGAGGAUGGUUUUGGAGGGCAAAGUCAACGAAGUUCUAGAGAAGGAUGGACUAUCGGGAUGUUACAAAUUCCUCCAUGAGUUGGUACUUACUCAUAAGAUCACCGAGUAUGUGCGCCAGGCUUUUGAACUUAGUAAGGGUCGGUGGGUGGACACACUCAAGGUAGAGCGCCUUAACCGAGCCAUGUCCAUUCAAUAUUGGGUUGGCCGUUACCCACCGGAGGGCCCGAAGAGUUGGAUUAUCUUGGGAGUCAACAGCGGUAAAAAGGCGGGCGCCAUCGAAGAUCCAAAGUCAGCAAGCCAUCUUACUCUACGUUGGUUUAGAGAUAAUAAGGAGGUAAAGGAUGUUGAAGUUCCUUUACAUAACGACGAGAUCUCUACGGAGGACCUCCUAGAGCGUGUUAUUGGAAGACACGUCGAAUAUAUCCUCAGCUCGAUCCACUCGAAACUAAAAUUGAACGGACGGUUCACCAAGCGAGAAGCCGGUCUUGCUUUAGACAUUCAAAGGGACAAUCCAGCACGAUCGGUACUGCAGAUGCAAGUUGGUUACAAGUACUUUGUUACCCUUGGUGUCAGCUCUACUACAGGCAUGCUCUCGAUGAAGCCACAAUCAGCAAUGACUUGGAAAGGAGAACAGAAACUCAAUUGGCACUCAAAAGACCCUAUUCACGAUGGGCUUGCCUGUUUAGAAGGCGUAAGAUGCCACUAUAUUGUGGAUGAAAUCAACCGUCGCGGGAAGAGCACAGGUUGGAUUGUCUGCAAGGGUCCCGUAAAAUUGGAGGUUGUCAAAGAAGUACUCAACUUGCGUGAAAUGGGUCAACUCAUGUGGCUCAAGCGACGUGGUUUUGCAGACCCGUGGCAUAUGAUGGUGAAUCUGAGCCUGAGCGGGGAUAAAUGGCAUUUGAUUGAAGUUAAUAACCAGCCCAAUGGCGAGGCACAAAUUUCAUCAUAUACCAAGUUGCCACUCAGCCCUUACCCACCAAACCUUGGGGAUAGAUUCUUCAGGGAUCUAACCACCUUUUCUGCCGCCAUGAUUUCACAUAUUACAUACUUGAGAAGUCUCCACCGACGACGAACCAAGUACUCUGCGCAGGAUGGGGUCAACUACUCUCUACCCCCCAAUAUGAAGGUUCCUGCGAUCUACAUCAAACUCUCAGAUAUAUUAGGACAGCCACAGUCAGAUGAAUCACACAGACCAGUUGCGUAUUGGGCCCACGAUUAUGUGGAAAUGAGGUAUCGGGGCGUACGCAACCCAUCAACCAAGUCACAGGCACCAAACGCUGGAGACAACGAAACGCCGCAGAAGGACGAUUUGCAUACAUUCAUUGAUGCUCGGCUUCAGGUGUCUGAUUCUUCCAGGUUCGGCCUUCUUAAAGGACACGUGGAAAGAGAUGUGGCGUAUCAUGGAGGCCUUGGAGUAUUUGCACUUCGACUGGAAGCCAAAGUUGGGCGAUCUAUAUUGGAUACGCUUGGUCAUCGCCUACGAGCCAUUGACCAGCUGGCUGACUGCAUCGAUGCAAUACGCCGCAGUGAUAGAGAUAUUCAGUGUGAAGAAAUUACACUUACUAAGAUCGUGUUCACAUAUACCGAUCGACUAAAAGAGGCAGCUGAUAAACCACAGAGUGGCCGCUUCAAGGCGAUAUUGCAAUUGGAACCAGAGGGAACUAAGUUGAUGUUUGAACGAGGCAAUCCGCAGUUGCGCGUUAUGGACCACUUCCGCCAUCUUAUCAACUCGAACCUUGGGUCUGCAAAGCUGCCAUUUUACCUAUCAACCACAUUGCCGGUUCAUCGCGCUCUAGACGCGAUCGAAGAUGCUUGGGAAGACCAUGAAAUGAACAACCAAGGCCGGGUUGAAAUUUAUGCGGUUCACCUGGAUUGGUUCAAUAUUCGUUAUCAUCUUCCUGGUCCAAAUAGGAACCCCAACGCUCAUCGACGCGUUACGAUACAAGUCCGGCUGAGACAUCGGCGUGGAGGCCUCGAGUGGGCAGUGGGCCGGUUGGAAUCAGGCCCAAUCCCAGCACAGAAACCCAACGACGAGUUCAAGCAGCUACUUGAAAGGGUUUGGAAUGCCGAAAACCGGACGUGGAUAUGUUUAGUCGAUUCGGCAGCAACUGGACUGGAUCACCGAAUCGGAGACUUAAUGAAAGCAGUUGACGAGGCAAUCAGGCGCGUAAUGACUCCGUCGCCAACGGUAGCGAGACAGCCCCAGCCUAGAGUUCAGGGACAACAGAGGAAUCCAGCGCACGCCAUGUAUCAUAGGCAAAUGGCGGCAAAUAGGCCUCAAAGCCAGGCUCAAGGUCGAGCUCAAACGUCAACAUCACAGAAUGCCGUAGUGGUAUUGGAUGAAUAGUGGUCAAGCCAAGAACACGCAGGCGGCGCAGGGCGCAAUUAGGUAUAUGACGAGAGAAAAAAAAAAAAAACAGAAAGUCAGUAUUUGCUUUUUUUAAAAAGAGAAUGCGAUGU